AUGGCUCUCCGCCAGUUUGGCGUCUCGCUUGAGACAUACCUCAUGACCAACCCCACACUCAGGGGUGUUAUUGUCAGUGCCGUGGUCCUUCACCACGGCCACAUUCUCCUCAUUCAGCGCGCGGCAACCGAUGGCUUCCCCAACUUAUGGGAAACACCUGGUGGCGGAGUUGACCUCGGGGAUGAAACUCUCUCACACGCCCUGGCACGUGAACUCCUCGAAGAGACGGGCCUUAUCCUCAAAGAUGUCGUGACACUUCUCGACCAACUGGAGUUUGAAGGAGCAUCGGGUGAAGGCCGGUACCGCAAGCUCACUUUCCUUGUGUCUGUCGAGGAUUCACGUGAUCUUCAGGAACACCCACAGGUUAUUCUUAAUCCGCAUGAACACCAGGACUUCGUGUGGGUCUCAAUGGAUGACCUCCGCACCGGGUUUUGUGGGGAAAGGGAGAUCAAGCUUGCUUAUCCUGGACAGCGGGAAACUCUCUUUGCCGCCUUCCGAGCCGAUACAAAGACGUCGUGUGGGACAAAAGGGGUAAACUGUGCUGAGACGGCAUGA